AUUCCAAUAUCUCGUGAUCACCAGGAAGGAAGCAAACUUUCCAGUCAGUCAAUCUUGUAGUGAAAAGACGUUCCUGAGUUUUCCUGUUAACUCUCUGUAUUUAAAAUGCCUUUACUUUGUGGCGGAACAUCUGAGGCGAAAGAUGCAAAUGAAGAGGUGCAGAAAAUAUGCGAUGAGAUAAAGUCUCAUGCCGAGGAUAAAGCUGGGCGCAAGUUUGACGUUUUCACAGCCAGAUCUUUUAAAACACAACUUGUUGCGGGGACAAAUUACUUCGUUAAGGUGCAUGUAGGUGGGGACGACUACAUUCAUCUACGUGUCUAUAAAACUCUGCCCCAUGCUGGAGAAAAACUGGAGCUGCACAGCCUACAGCCAUCCAAGGCUCAUCAUGAUCCAAUUGAAUACUUCUGAAGCAAACUAAGCAAAUCAUCAUAAAUACUGCCCACUCAUGCAGUUCAAUGUUACCAUUUUUAUACAGUAAAUGUUUACAUUAACACCUGAAGAUGCAUGUUAACUCAAUCAUUACAUGUGAUGACCUUAAAACUGUAUUUUUUGACUAGUGGGAUCAUGGGUAAACACUACCAAUCAAACUCACUGUGAAUUAGGUAAUCCCUUAAAUACAUGUUUCCAUUAUGUGUUUGGCAUAGCUGUAAAAUAACAGUUCAUUUUCUCACCCGCAUACUAAAAACAUCGCUUAACUCACAUCUAGUUACCCAUGCCAGAGGUUUGGUCUUCACUUUUUGGGUUUUGUUAUUAGUGAUACUGAUGCAGUAAACAGUUAUAUUAUAUUUAACUGCCUGUAAUGUACAGUAUUCACAUUAAAUGGAUGGAUGAACUGUUUUAAAUGGUGUUUUUU